AUGCCGGACAAAGUUGCACCAGCCGAAAGGCAGGUCCUAAGGAGUGUAAAAACCACCGACAAUGACAAAGAAGCUGUGCAACUGAAAAAAGAACUGGGCCUGUUGGACGGUGUGGCGAUUAUCGUCGGUAUUAUCGUCGGCGCUGGAAUCUUCGUUUCACCAAAGGGUGUACUGAGAAACAGCGGCAGUGUUGGCCAGGCUUUAAUCGUCUGGAUCUUCUCUGGUCUCUUGUCACUGAUCGGUGCAUUAUGCUAUGCAGAAUUAGGUACGAUGAUUCCAAAGUCUGGGGGCGAUUAUGCAUAUAUCAGCGACGCUUUCGGACCCUUGCCAGCGUUCCUGUACCUCUGGGUCGCAUUGUUCAUCCUGGUUCCGACUGGGAACGCGAUCACAGCCCUAACAUUCGCACAAUACAUCCUGCAGCCAGUUUGGCCUGGAUGUGUACCCCCGUAUGAAGCGGUGCGACUGCUUGCUGCUGUUAUUACAUGUUUACUGACUGCCAUCAACUGUUACAACGUGAAAUGGGCGACCAGAGUACAGGACAUCUUCACCGGGACCAAAAUCUUUGCAUUGGUGAUCAUCAUGGUCGCUGGACUGUGGUGGCUCUCCAUGGGUCACACGGAGAAUUUCCACCAUCCCAUGGAUGGAACUAACACACAGCCCGGCUACAUCGCUCUGGCUGUUUAUUCGGGUCUCUUCUCUUAUUCCGGCUGGAAUUAUCUGAAUUUCGUCACCGAGGAACUCAAAGAUCCUUAUAAGAAUCUUCCAAAGGCGAUUUGCAUAUCAUUGCCGUUAGUCACCGUAAUUUAUGUCCUGGCAAACGUCGCUUAUUUUGUGGUGUUGACACAAGAUGAAAUCCUUGCGUCGCAUGCUGUUGCUGUUACUUUCGGUGAUAAACUGUUAGGCGUGAUGUCUUGGAUAAUACCAUUUUUCGUGGCCUGUUCGACCUUCGGGGCAUUGAACGGAGCAAUUUUCGCGUCAUCGCGAUUAUUUUUUGUAGGAGCCCGUAAUGGACAUCUGCCUGCUGCCAUUGCUCUCAUCAAUGUACGAAAUUUGACGCCCAUGCCAUCGCUUAUUUUUCUCUGCAUUAUCACCCUGGCACUUCUGAUCAUAGAGGAUGUCUACGUGCUAAUCAAUUAUGUCAGCUUCGUUGAAGCACUAUUCACCACGCUCUCGGUGUCUGGCCUCCUCUGGCUUCGCUACAAAAGUCCCGAUCGUGAACGACCAAUAAAGGUCUCAAUCUUAUUACCAAUUAUAUUUUUCGUAAUCUGUGCUUUCUUGGUAACCUUUCCCUGCUACGUGUCGCCAUGGGAAGUUGGUGUAGGAGUGAUAAUCAUCUUAUCUGGUAUUCCCAUGUAUGGGAUCUUUAUUCACUGGAAAAAGAAGCCUAAGUGGCUUGUAAGGACCUCUCAUAAUUUUAACAUGAUUUGUGCGAAACUGUUCAUGUGCGUGCAAGAGGAAAAAAGCGAUUGAUCACCAAGUGCUCUUAUACUAUAUUGUAUUAUAGUUUUAUAUAGAAAAUUUUCAUAGCAUGAAUGUGUGCCGCAACGACUCACCGAUU